GCGUCCGCCGUGGGGGAGGGCGGAGCUGCCGGCGGCCCGGGCGGGCUGGCAGCUAGAGUGGGUGCGAGAGCUGCCUCCACCGCCGCCGCUGCCACCGCCUCCUCCGCCCGGGCCGUUCGCUGCUGUGCGGGGAGAGCGAGGCGGGGCCGCCGGGGCCGCCAUGGAGCCCGACUCGGUGAUUGAAGACAAGACCAUCGAGCUUAUGUGUUCUGUGCCAAGGUCUUUGUGGCUAGGCUGCGCCAACCUGGUAGAGAGCAUGUGCGCACUGAGUUGCCUGCAGAGCAUGCCCAGUGUCAGAUGUCUCCAGAUAAGUAACGGAACGCCAUCUGUGAUUGUCUCCAGAAAGAGACCCUCAGAGGGAAACUACCAGAAGGAAAAGGACCUGUGCAUUAAGUACUUUGACCAGUGGUCUGAGUCAGAUCAGGUGGAAUUUGUGGAGCAUCUUAUCUCACGGAUGUGUCAUUAUCAGCAUGGACAUAUUAACUCAUACCUGAAGCCCAUGUUGCAGCGGGACUUUAUCACCGCGUUACCAGAGCAAGGCUUAGAUCAUAUAGCAGAAAAUAUUCUUUCCUACCUGGAUGCCCGGUCCCUGUGCGCAGCAGAGCUGGUGUGCAAAGAAUGGCAGCGAGUGAUCUCAGAAGGGAUGCUCUGGAAGAAGCUCAUCGAGAGGAUGGUGCGCACCGACCCCCUCUGGAAGGGGCUCUCCGAGAGAAGAGGCUGGGAUCAGUACCUGUUUAAAAACAGACCUACAGAUGGCCCCCCCAACUCAUUUUACAGAUCAUUGUACCCAAAGAUUAUCCAGGACAUAGAGACCAUAGAGUCAAACUGGCGGUGUGGAAGACACAACUUGCAGAGGAUCCAGUGCCGCUCUGAAAACAGUAAGGGCGUCUACUGCUUGCAGUAUGACGACGACAAAAUCAUCAGCGGCCUCCGGGACAACUCUAUCAAGAUCUGGGAUAAAACUAGCCUGGAAUGUUUGAAAGUGCUAACAGGGCACACGGGCUCUGUCCUCUGCCUCCAGUAUGAUGAGCGAGUCAUUGUAACUGGUUCUUCAGAUUCCACAGUGAGAGUCUGGGAUGUGAACACUGGUGAAGUUCUCAACACACUCAUCCAUCACAAUGAAGCUGUACUGCACUUACGCUUCAGUAAUGGACUGAUGGUGACUUGUUCCAAGGACCGGUCUAUUGCUGUGUGGGACAUGGCUUCUGCCACUGAUAUCACUUUACGGCGUGUCCUGGUUGGCCACCGUGCUGCUGUCAAUGUAGUUGACUUUGAUGAUAAGUACAUCGUGUCUGCCUCUGGAGACAGGACCAUUAAAGUGUGGAGCACAAGCACCUGUGAGUUUGUUCGCACUCUGAAUGGGCAUAAGCGAGGCAUCGCCUGCCUGCAGUACCGGGACCGGCUGGUUGUUAGUGGAUCAUCAGAUAAUACCAUCCGGCUAUGGGAUAUUGAAUGUGGUGCCUGUUUAAGAGUCCUAGAGGGGCACGAAGAAUUGGUGCGAUGCAUCCGUUUUGAUAACAAGAGGAUUGUCAGUGGCGCCUAUGAUGGGAAGAUUAAAGUCUGGGACUUGCAAGCUGCUCUUGACCCUCGGGCCCCAGCAAGCACAUUGUGUCUGCGCACCUUGGUGGAACACUCUGGACGUGUGUUUCGGCUGCAGUUUGAUGAGUUUCAGAUCAUCAGCAGCUCCCAUGAUGACACUAUUUUGAUUUGGGAUUUUUUAAACGUGCCUCCCAGUGCCCAGAAUGAGACACGCUCUCCCUCCAGAACCUACACCUACAUCUCCAGAUAGCGGUCUGCACUUUGGCCCAACCUGGGUUUUCUGGUCUUGAACUACUGGCUACAUGGCUACCAUAUGCCUACGGGAGUUCGUUCGCAGCUGAGUUCUGGGGCUAGACUUGGUUCUAGAUGCUGGGUAGACACAAAGCAGCCCCACUCUUCAAGCCCCGACAUUUCUCACCGCGCCCCAGCUCUACUUGGAGAAGGACAGCUUAGCUCACCGCUGCAAGUAGAGCAGCAGCUCACGCCCCUCCCUUCAGUGAAGACCCCAGCGCUCCCAAUGCACGUGUUCUCGUGAAGGACACAUGGCCUGUACGUUCUCCAGAAGCAAAGACCGUCGGGAGAAGCCCUGCCUCUAAUUUACGUCGCUUUGCACCUCGGUUUGGUACUAAAAGCAGCAUUGCAUUCUUGGUGAAGUGCUGGGUGCCAAACGCUGACCCAGAGUUUUCAGGGCUUUUCUGUCCAGCAGCAGCUUCUCCUUAGACCACCGGUCAUUGUUGUUCUGAAGUGCGGAGGGAUGUGCCGGACAGUGGGCAGAUCUGGGUUAUCUUAGUAUUUUUGGAUUACAUUUCCUUUCUGUACCAGUUUCUUUUAAUUUAAAGAAUAAGCAAGUUAUAUUACCUCUCCAUAGGUAGUAUAGCUGUUUUCUUUUAUUAACUGUUCUCUGUUUCCCGUCAUCUCCUGAUAUUUGGUAGAGUAACACCUUUAUCCGAGUGCUUGCCUCCUAAUUUAAAAUACUGUAUCCGCAUGUAGAUAGAAUGUACAUAACAAUUCAAGCUCAAGGUUGCCGCCCGGCCCCCUGCGCCUGAGACACUACCGUGGAGCGUGUCACACUUAGCCGCAGGUGGGCCGAGUGCCUGACUCCAGGGUUGCUGUGAUUGCCUAGAACCUUCCUGCAGUAUUCAUUCGGGUUUUAUUUGUCACUGUCUUUGUGUGUGCUGUGUGUUUUCAGAUGGAACUUGAGAAGUUUAACAUGUUUGUUUGUUGUGUGGCAUCUGCAGGGGACAGGUAUCUUUACAGGCUCCAUGACGCUCUUCUUUUCCUCAUGAGUCCAACAGCUUUCUUCUUGGCAGUGACCCUGAGACAGGGAGAUGGCAGCCCCGUU